UAUUUGGUGGUCAAAAGUUAAUUACACAAUAGACAAGUUCACCCUCUAUAUAAAGACUAGAAAAACUGCAUGUGACUUCUCACAUUGACAAUUAUUAGUGAGAUCAGUAUUUUCCUUUGAAUGGUCCAUGGCAUGCCUAAAUCAACAAGGACUUUGCACAACAAUGGGUCCAAGAAUCUCAUUCUCUAAUGAUUUCGCUGAUACUCAGCAAACAUUAAGGCAUGAACAUGGUUACAAAGAGGCACCAGUUUCCUCCGAUUUCGAGUUUUCGGUCUCUGGUUACAAGAUGAUUCCAGCUGAUGAAGUUUUCUUCAAAGGAAAAUUGUUGCCCUUGAGAGAGAACAGCACAAAGGCAACAACACUUAAAGAUGAACUCCUUGCUACUGAUGAUGAUUAUGAAGAUAUAUUUCCAUCAGUUGGAAAGGGGAGCUGGAAAGAACGUUUAGGUUUUAAGAGGUCUCCAAUUUGUCCAAAGAAAGCUGAUAAUAAAGACACAAAGAUGCCUGAUUUCUUCAAUGACAUUAUCACAGGAGCUAAUUGAAGAUUGAAGAGGGAGGAUAAGCAGUGGUAAUGAUAAUGUAGAGUUCUUGGAUCCAACAAGGGUGGAAGUUUCUUUUUUCUUUUUGUUUUUUGUCCUCCUUUUGGUUUUUGGGGUGUUUUCAGAGAUUUUGAGAUUUUUGUUGACUAUUAGGAGAUUGAAAACUUGUAAUCUCUUCGAUCAUCCAUCCUCCACCCCUUAGAGAAUUGGACCAUCCAUGUACAGCGUCGUGAUUGUUCUUACGUUGUACAAAUAUUUUCAAAUUUUAACUACUUUUGAUGUAAUCAUAUGUAUUUGCUUGACUGAACCUAAUCUAAUAAUGCUCCCGUAUUGUCAUUCUUAUGUU